UGAAAUCAAAAGAAUAGUCUAAAUAACAAGAUUCAUUUGUUUCCAGAGACCACGGAAUUUUCCAAGCCACUGAACAAGGUGGACGUUCCCGUGGUAGGUGGAAUUCCUACUUGGACGCACAACUAUCAUGCCAUAGCUCAUCGGAGGUUAAAGCAGACAAGUAGCAUCAGAAGAACAAGAUUUCUUAAGGAGUUGUUCAUCUCACAGGUGCAGCAAACAUGGACCUGAGAUCCGGUUCCCGUUCCGGCUUUCGAGCCACCCACCAUCCUGUGGUGCCCCAGGCAUGCAGUUAUCGUGCUCUGGGGAUGACACAAUCUUUGAUCACCAUGUUCUUGGCUCCUGCAGAGUGACUGAGAUCUAUUACAGGCACCGCGUCAUCAACGUCAUCCCGCUUGAGGAACCAUCAACACAAUGCCCUCUUCAGAAGCUCAUCUCAGCAAACUUAGCAACUGAUAUGUACAAACAACCUCAAUCAUUACAAGUUACGACCCUGGUACGUUGUUCAAGAGAUUUCACACCAGAGGAUCAAUAUAGUAUAGUAGGCCCAGCAUCUUGUCUCAGUAACAACGCUAGCCAAUUCUGGUAUAUAGCGAACUCUUAUGCAUACAUGUCUGACCUUCCACGGGAGUGCACGGCUGUUUCUAAAGGCAUCCCCAUACCCUUGACUUAUGAUAAAGAUGGCCCGAACCUUGAUGAGUACACCUUCAAAGAAAAGGCAAAUAAUUUCCUCAACUUUUGUGAAACAACAUUCACUUGGCACCUCAAUAACAUUACAGAUGUCUGCCAAAAGUGUGAACAUAAAGGUCAGCACUGUGGAUUCAUCUCACAAAGGAAUCAAGCUUUCUGCCAGCACCAUGGUGUGCCUGUCAUCCCAGUUGCAGCAUCAUCAGUAGCUGCAUUUGUAGUUUUUUCAUUGAUGGCGGCCACUGCGAUCUAUCUCUCCUUGAAGUCAAAGUACAAUGAAGAGAUAAAUAUGAAGGUUGAAAUGUUUCUGAAGGCAUAUGGCACAUCGAAACCCACAAGGUACACUUUCCCUGAAGUUAAGAAGAUAGCAAGGCGGUUCAAGGAUAAGCUUGGCCAGGGCGGAUUUGGAAGUGUAUACAAAGGUGAGCUACCGAAUGGAGUUCCUGUGGCAGUCAAGAUGCUAGAGAGCUCUAUAGGAGAGGGAGAGGAAUUCAUUAAUGAAGUUGCAACCAUUGGACUGAUCCACCAUACAAAUAUCGUUCGUCUCUUGGGCUUUUGCUCUGAAGGAACAAGAAGGGCUCUGAUUUAUGAAUAUAUGCCUAACGAAUCACUGGAGAAAUACAUAUUCUCGCAUAUUUCCAAUAUUUCUCAACAACUCCUAGCACCAAACAAAAUGCUAGAUAUUGCUUUAGGCAUCGCCCGAGGAAUGGAAUACCUGCAUCAAGGCUGCAACCAGCGCAUUCUCCACUUUGACAUCAAACCACACAACAUCGUGCUGGACUACAACUUCAACCCGAAGAUCUCAGACUUUGGCCUUGCCAAGCUGUGUGCAAGGGACCAAAGCAUCGUUACCUUGACUGCAGCAAGAGGCACAAUGGGAUACAUCGCACCAGAGCUAUACUCUCGGAACUUCGGAGGGGUGUCAUACAAGUCAGAUGUGUACAGUUUUGGCAUGCUAUUGUUGGAAAUGGUGAGUGGACGGAGGAACUCAGACCCAAGUAUUGAGAACCAGGAUGAGGUAUACCUCCCAGAGUGGAUCUACGAGAAAGUAAUCAGUGGGCAUGAAUGGGAGCUAACUUUGGAAAUGACAGCAAAAGACAAAGAAAAGAUGAGACAGCCGACCAUUGUGGCCCUGUGGUGCAUCCAAUGGAACCCGAAGAAUCGGCCAUCAAUGACAAAGGUGGUAAACAUGUUAACAGGGAGGUUGCAGAACCUGCAGAUUCCCCCCAAGCCCUUUGUGUCGUCUGAAAUUCAUACUGUGCCACAAAACACGAUGAACACAUGAACACGCAUUGUGUGUUUUUGUGUAUCAUUACACAUCUGAGGGAACUUAUUCCACAUCUGUGUUGCAAACUGUAAUGCCUUGUACUUCUAUUUCGAAUGUUAAUUCGACUACAUACUGAACUGAACUACAUGGGUCACCUCUGUACCUUUAUUAUUGUAAUGCUACAUGGGUCACCUGAUCUGUACCUUAUCUUGUUGUAAUGCUAUUAAUUAGAAACA